AAGGCACUUCCACAGCUUCUGUCCUUUUUGUAUCCCAGUUCUGUAAGAGCCACAGAGAAACGGGUUUUCAAGGAGGAGGCAUGAACGGGACAGCCAUUGAAAAUUUUGUCUGUGUCAUUUUCAAUGUUUCAUUCAUGAACUGCACUUGGGAUGUGAGUGAGACUGCUUCAGGAGAUACACAGUAUUACCUAUACUGGAAUACCUCAGAGAAAGAAGAUUUCACAGAAUGUCAAAAUUACAUCAAGGAUAAUUGUGGAAGGCACACAGGAUGUAGAUUCCAGAAUGUGACGAUAGAAAAAAAUAAAGCUACUUUCCUGGUAAAUGGGUCUAGAAGUGGACAAAGCAUUCAGUUGUAUAAAAAGAAGAUUGUUCUGUAUAGAAUUGAAAAACUCACCCCUCCAUUAAAUGUCACUGUGAACUGCACAGAAGCUUCCCAUCGUUGUGAAAUUCGGUGGCAACCACCUCGCACGAGUCACGUGAAAAGACAUCAUUGCUUCAAGUACGAAAUUGUCAUAGAAAACAAGGCUGAUCCUGAGAAAAACAUCAAAACCACAUCUAAAACAGAAAGAAGCAUCAUAGGAAACUCCUACGUAUUUGAGAGCUUCAGUGCAGAGAAGAGGUACAGUGUCAAAAUCAGAGCAACUGACAAUGGCUGCUUAGUGAGCUCACACUGGGGAGAGUGGAGUACACCCGUAGAGUUUGGAAAGGAACAACUUGGAUCUACUUUGUCAUACAAGUUAUUUCUGUUAUCAAUGCUGGUAGCAAGUCUGGUGCUUUUUCUCUGCACAGUAAGCAUUUAUUUGAAAAAAACAUCUGCUACAGUACCACAGCCAAGGUACCCAUUCCACGAGCUCUCCCCAGCAGAUUUUCAGGCAGAAUAUAUGAAUCAAUUGACAAACAAUGAAACUGAAGAAAUAUUGAUUAUUGAAGAAGUGACAUAAUGCCAUACAAGCAAAAUGAGCAACCUGAAUUUUUUCAAUAUGCAUAUUGUUGCCAUUAAUUUACAGGUUUUUCGUGUUGUCUCCCUCUUAUAAGCAGAGACAAUAAUG